AUGGGAGGAGGAGAGCCGAUGGAUCAUCAUCACCAACGAAUCACGGGCACCAAAUCCGACGGCGUAGCAGCGUCGGACGAUGUGGGCCAGGGGAAGCUAUACUCUCCGAACCACGCGAUCAAAGUCGCUACGAAAUCCGACGAAAACGUGGGCCAGGGGGAACUGUACUCUCCUGACCACGCGAUCAAAAUCACUACGAGCCCUAAUAAAGUCUCAGAGAAGCCUAAGCUUACUUUAGAGUCAGAGGAGGAAGAAGGGGAGAAGCAGAGGAACACGAUGAUGUUGGGGUUGAAGAAUCUUGCGGCGGUUAAGGAUAAAGUAUUAGAGAAACUAACGGCUGCUAAGGUUCCAUCGGAGUCGCUAGAAAACUCGAAACAGUUUUUGGAAGGUGUGAUUAAGGAUUUCGCUGGAGCGGCGCAGGGUAUGACGAAAGACGCGUUGCAUCGGAUUAAAACCCAUCUCUCUGAUGUUCUUCCGUCUGUCUCUCCUGCCGUCACUGAAAAGAUGGUGGACGAUGCGGAGAAGGAAGCAAUCAACGGAGAGGAAGAAGAUGAGAGAAAGUCAAAAGAGAGGUCCGGUGAAGAAUUCGCGGGAAAGUCGCCGACUGUGUUUCCGGCGUCUUCGUUUUCCGCCUCUCUCACUAAACCUUUCUCAAAGCUUUGA